AUGAAUGAGUGUUCCAAUGGACGACUUGUAUCCUUCCUGAUCGAGGGCGAUGAUGUCGUAACGUGCGAAGUCUGCCUGGAGCCUUUCCAACCGCUCACCAGGCCACCCAAGAUUCUCCCUUGUGGUCACAACUUUUGCGACCAGUGCCUUUUCAGUCUCUGUUGCCACCAGCAGUACUAUUUGCUCGAUUCGAUCAAAUGUCCCACAUGUCGCACGUCAUUUCCCACAAAUGUUGCCAUCGAGGCUCCCACCAACUGGGAUCUUUGC